UCCUCCCCCGUAUUCUUUAAACCGACAGAAACCAACCCCAACGCCAGCAGCUAGAACCUCAAAACAAAUGCUACUACGAGUCAGUACAAAGAAAGAGGAAAAUUAGAGUCCCCCUCCUCAAGAACCCACCUAACAGUGUGAUAGCCGCUAUGGCGGCCACGUCGCCACCACUCCCUUCCUCUUUCCAAAACCGAAAAAAGAUCUUCUCCAACUUCACUUCUUCUAAACCAUUUUCGAUUUUGUCAAGCGACAAGAAAUGCAGUCGUUUUCGGUGUCAGAUUAAGAGCUUUGAAAAUCAACCUCCGAAUUGGAGCGUCGAGUUCCUCUCCGGAACCGAACCGAUCCAUUUGAUCCAAAAUUCUCCUUCUUCUUCGAUGUCAAUGGCCGCCGCUUCGGCCUCCGAUUCCGCCGUUAAAACCGUCAAAAAAGUCUGCCUUUUUUUCUGCGCCGAGACCAAGGCGCUCGCCGAGAGAAUUGCUGCUGAGUCAGACGCCAUUGAGAUCCGCAGCAUCACCUGGCGGACAUUUGAAGAUGGAUUUCCUAACUUAUUUAUACCAAAUGCACACGGAAUUCGGGGGCAACAUGUAGCCUUCUUAGCCUCAUUUAGUUCGCCGGGAGUGAUUUUCGAGCAGUUAUCUGUUAUCUAUGCAUUGCCAAAACUGUUCAUUUCCUCCUUCACGCUAGUUCUCCCGUUUUUCCCUACCGGAACCUCUGAGAGAAUGGAGGACGAGGGAGAUGUCGCGACGGCUUUUACUCUCGCUAGGAUAUUGUCGAAUAUACCGACUUCUAGAGGAGGGCCUACUAGCUUAGUGACAUUUGAUAUCCAUGCUUUGCAGGAGAGAUUCUACUUUGGUGAUAAUAUAUUGCCUUGCUUUGAGAGUGGGAUACCUUUGCUUAAGAAUAGGCUUCAACAGCUCCCUGACUCUGACAAUAUAUCCAUUGCUUUUCCUGAUGAUGGUGCUUGGAAAAGAUUUCAUAAGCAGCUGCAACAUUUUCCAACGAUUGUUUGUAAUAAAGUUCGGAUAGGGGACCAACGAAUUGUACGUAUUAAAGAGGGAGAAGCUGCAGGACGCCAUGUUGUGAUUGUUGAUGAUUUGGUUCAAUCAGGUGGCACUCUGAUUGAAUGCCAGAGAGUAUUAGCGGCCAAUGGAGCAGCAAAAAUAAGUGCCUAUGUGACGCAUGGAAUUUUCCCCAACAGGUCAUGGCAACGCUUUGAAUGUGAUAAUGGAGGGCAUCCUGAGAAUGGGCUGACCUACUUCUGGAUCACUGAUUCAUGCCCUCAGACAGUGAAAGCGGUGAUGAGCAAACCUCCAUUUGAAAUUCUUAGCCUUGCCGGUUCCAUUGCAGCUGCUCUUCAGAUAUGAGAACACUUCAAGUCACUAACAAAUCAUUCUUUACAUAAAUUGAGUGAAUUCAAGCCAGUUGUCUUUGGGAAAAUAAUGGGAUGAGAAUCUCUUUCGGCAGCAGAAAUAAUCUAGCUAGGUUGUUUUAGCAAUUUCUGCGUUGAUUGAUGGAAUGACUAGUGUUCAUCUAGACUUUUUAUGAAUAAUUAUAGGAGUCUGGGAGAGGUAACCAUUGCACUUA